AGUCAUUUGAAUGAUCUUGUGGAGGGAAAACCCUGAACUAGCCUUGGUUCAGGAGGCAAGUGCUGGAAGUUUAGUGUCGGGUGAGAGAUUCUUCAGGCGUAAAAGGACACAGGGGGACCAAGACUGUGGAAACAACUCCCGUCAGGGCACUGACUUGUCGAGAACCUGCAAAUGGAGGAAAAAACAUACCUUUGUUCUUACUGCGGGCAAACAUUUCAAGGGACUUCAACCUUCAUGGUGCACGAGAGGACUCAUAUAGGAGAGCGAAGAUACAAGUGCUCACAGUGUGGGAGAACGUAUCCUUGUCAUUCUGACCUCCUCAUACACCAGAAGAGCCACGCGGGAGAGAAGCCCCAUGGACGUGCUUUGGGUGGUGGCAGACGCUCCUGUCGGAGUGCCCCCCUGCCCCCGCACCGAGGAGCCCGCCUGGCAGAGAAGUUUGGCUCUGAGAGCGGCGAAGAGGAUGAGGGGCCGGGGGUCUCCACCCAGGAAGCCCCAACUCAGGCCCUCCCGCAGCAGGACCCCCGGGAGCAACCCGAGAACCCCGACAUAAAGGGUGAAGUUGGAGACGUUGGGACCCAG